AUGGCAGAUAAACUUUGUAAGGUGUGCAAUAAGGCGGUAAAUCGAAAAAACCCCGGCCUGCAGUGUGGCAGUUUUUGUGCUCGAUUUUAUCACGGACAGUGUAUAAACAUAGUUGGAAACCAGCUCGAUAGUCUCCGAACCGAAGGUGUAUCGUGGAAAUGUCUCGAUUGCCGAAGUCGUUCCCGGACCUCAGUUGGAGCAUCGCUGUCGACGGAGUUACUAGCUGUGAAUGAUGCACUGCCAGGUGAUUCAGCAUCGAAUGCUCUGGGGAAAAUCCGCGCAGAGCUAAGGCAGAUUCGAGAACAACAAGCCCUACUUCUAGAGUCGGUAAAUUUUUGCAGCAAUAAAAUCUCGGAUUUCGAAAAUGAAAUUCACAAAUUGAAUGAUUAUAUACGAAAAACAGAUCAACUGUUUACUGAGAACAAAAAAUUGAAGAGCGAUCUAGACGGCCUACAGUCCAAGAUGAAUGACUUGGAACAGGUAUCUCGCUCGAAUAAUAUCGAAAUACAGGGUGUUCCUGAAAGGAACAACGAAGACCUCUACAACAUUCUCGAGAAAAUAGGAACUUACAUUGAUUGUAAAAUAAAUCCUAUUUCUAUCGAUUAUGUACACAGGGUUCAAAGUAAUCACAACUCCACUGAUAACAAAACGAAAAAUAUAAUUGUUAAAUUCAUAUCAAAAAGAGAAAAAGAUCGCUUCUUGUUAUCUGCUAAAACCAAACGUAUCGGAAAUAACAGUUCACCAAAAAUGUCUCUGGAUGGAGUAUCUGAUGCAUUUUAUAUUAAUGAACACCUGACGCUAACCAAUAAGAUCCUGUAUAGGGAAGCAGAACAACAAAAACCGCGGACAAGUGAUAAAGAUCUAAAAACAAAGAAGGAUAAAGAUUCAGAAAUACACGGUGGCACAAAUAACAGAAACGAGGCAAAUGAAGACAUGGAAUUACUGGCGGGAAUUGAUUCAAAUGAUGCAGAAAAAGUUUUCAAACCAGAAAAAUCUAUUCCACGUUCUCCCACUCAAAAUAUAAUUAUUCCAGCAAGUUCAGCACCUGUAAUUAGUCAAGAGGGCACACAAAAACGCCCUAGGUCAGAGUCAAGUCCAGAGUUACAAUUUACAAAGAGGCAAUGUGAAGGAACAAAAAAUGCUACAGAAGUGGACGACCAGCAAACAGUUAGACAAAAUGAACUAACAAACUCACAAAUGAACACUACUGAAUGGCAAAUAAUGAAUAUAAUGACAGCCAUAGAGAAGAUUGAAGAGGUUGCAAAAAAAGGAGGUUCGGGUGGUAGUGCAGAUGACAAUGAAAAUAGUAAAAAUGAUUUAGCAGAUGCAAUUGAUACCAAACAAACUGAAGGAGGAUUCAAAAAUAUCAAAGGAAUGAGAAAUGGUGCCGUCAUAGUUGAAAGCCAUAACAGAAGCCAACAAGAAAAAUUAAAAGCAGAAUUGAAAAACAAAAGUCAUAUAACAGUGAAAGAAACCCAAAAUUUGGAGCCCAUGUUCUUAAUCACAGGUAUAGAAAAAGGGUUUGAAGAUGAAGAAUUGAUCAAAGAACUAGUCCGUCUCAAUAGUGAGAUAGAGCAAGAGCUUGGACAGGACAUCCAGCAAGAUAUAAAAGUUAUAGCGAGAAGACAGUGUCGAAACCCAAUUAAAGAAAAUGUGGUACUCCAAGCACCUGCACCUAUAUCAAAAUGGUUUUUGAAAAAACAACUUGUUGAUUUUGACCUAGUGAAAAUUCAUGUUCAGGAGCAUUUUAACUUAGCAGUUUGUUUUAAAUGCUGUGGUUUUGGACAUGUUGCAAAGUAUUGUUCAGCUAACGCAUGUUGUCAUAAAUGCGGAGGAGGACAUGCUGGGAAGGAUUGUACUGAGAAUGAGUGGAAAUGUCCUAACUGCGAGAAGAUGAAAUUUGGGGUAGCACAACACUCAGCAAGAGACAUUAAUUGCCCUGUUUACAAAAAAAGGCUUGAAAGAUUCAAACAAAACAUCAACUACGAAAGUGAGACUUUUUUAUGA